UUACUGCCAGUCCUACCUUGGCUGCUACCAAAGUCCUUUAAAUUUCUGUAUUUCGGCAAUCUGAUCAGAUAAGAUCAGAUCAAACUACAGUAGAAUAGUCUGAGUCUUCAAAUUCAACGUAGUCAUGAGAAGCCAUCUUCUUCCCCUCUCAUCAUCCUCAAGAUCCUUGCUUUUCAGGUCCUUAACAUCACCACCGUCAUCGUCAUCAUCAUCAUGUAGUCCUCCUAACCAGUUUGGGAGAUGUUAUAGUGGCAGCCAUGGCCAGGGGGAGCAGGAGAUGACUAGAGCGCCAUCGACAGCAGAAGAGUUCAAGAGAGUUGCAGAGGAGAAGCUGAAGGAAGCCGAGCAAGGCGUGGCCAAUCAGACCUUUGAGAAGACUUAUGAUGGCAUUGAGGAGGAUACUGUAGGCGACGCCAAAAUUGAGUCCGUCAAGGAAAGGUACAAGCAGCAUGAACCGGGGCCUGACUACCGUAGGAGGCCAGAUCAUGAUUAAGACAAUAAUUACUUGCCCAUGUAAUCAGCUAGAGUGAUUAUACUACCGAAGUCGAGACACAUAUUCUUCUCAGAAUCUUAUAAUUAUGUAAUUUCCGUCAAAGAGAGAUUUACUUAUUGUCCGAUUUGGAUGUCACUGAAACUAUAUAUGUAAUGUAUAUGUGUUACACGGAUCCGUGUUACACAACAGAGAAGUGGGUGAUCUUUUCAAUUAAACUUGCUUUAAUUCUCUGAGGAAUAAGGAAAACCCUCGUGUAAUAUGUGUUGAAGACGAUCAAGGCCGUCAAUUAGAAAUAAACGUCCUUCUGUAGUAUUCUGGUUAUAUGAAGGUCAGUAUGCACUA